GCCGAGCCUGUCCUCAACUGCGGGCGCGGCCCUUGAAGAGCAACUGUCGCGGAGGGACCAUCAUGGUGCGAUCGGGGGUCUCCGCCGCGGCGGAAGAGCGGCAGAGACAGCUCCAGGAGUACCUGGCAGCCAAGGGGAAACUGCGGUGCCAGAACAGCAAGCCUUAUCUAAAAGCCAAGAAUAAUUGCCCAAAUCCUCCAUCUUCUAAAUCUACUAUUAGACCCAAAAAGGAUGUUGCCAACCAUGUUGCUUUGCCUGUCAAAGCUACAAGACCCAUCAGCAUUAAACAUCAGCCCAGACCUGCCAUUAUCCCAGGUUCCCGGAAGCCAAAGUUGGAGCCACCAAAACUUCUGGGCAAAAGGCUGACUUCAGGAUGUGUUUCUUCUCUCCCAAACUGUCAGCCUUCCAGCAACCGUCAGCAACAGCACAAAGCUGGAUCAUCCUCUGGAGAGCUGUCGAGGAAAACUGUGGGGUCACUUCAUCUACAGGAACUGAAAGCUGCAAAGCAGCAGGUGACAGAUCGAGGAAAUACUGCACUUACAGACUCUGUGGACAGUGACCGUGGUGAGGGUGAGUCCUCACACAACUUUCUAAAAGAGGUGAACAAAGAGAACUUGUCCCAAACUGUACUGGACUCUGAGAAGACACCACAUCCUCAAUUAUGGACCAAAAGUGAGCCAAAGACUAGCUCUUAUAAUCAAACCAAGAGCAGUUUGGCCCCUAAACAAGCCUUGGGUAAAAGUUCAUUGAAUUGUGCUGUUCUGAGAGACAGAGCUAAUAAACAAUUUGUUGGAGAAGCACAAACCAGGAUUCCACCAGGGAAGUCACAGCAGCUCCCUAGAGGAACAGCUCUUGCAAAACUAGGAGUAAAAACCCCAAAAACAGUUCCCUCUCACUCUGUUCAGACCCUUAGUAGGACUCAAGCAGCAAAGAAACCAGGGAUCAAGGACCUGAAGGAUAUAAAUAUUAAUAGGGGUAAAUAUGAAAGACCAGGUGCAGCCAAGUUACAGUCACAUGCUGCUACUGAACAAAAAGCAGUACAUACCAGACCCAGGACAUGCCCCAGUCUGCUUCAAGGAGGACCUGACCGCCUUAAGCAAGACCAGAAACCCACUCAACCUUGUUCUAGACCUCAGAUGUCAUGUGUGCAGCAGAAAUCCAAAGCUGUGAGCCAAAGGCCUACCCUGGCUGUUGGCAGCUUCCCUUCAGUCAUUCCCAAUACCCCAAGCAUAAGAGCAAGUACAGCCAAGGGGAAUAAACACAGCAGCAGCUGUCAACAGAAAGCACAGACCCUGGACUCCAAGUUGAAAGGGGCUCUUCCCCAGAAUCCCUUUCUAAACAAGACAGCUCCCAAAACUCAAGCUGGUGGCACAGCCAUAAAUGGAAGAGGAGUCCCAAAUGGGACCCAGACUAACCCAGAUGUUAAGAAGAAGGUCACAGCAGAGGAUCGAAGGAAACAGCUGGAAGAAUGGCAGAAAUCUAAGGGGAAAAUGUAUAAGCGGCCUCCAAUGGAACUUAAAACAAAAAGAAAAAUCAUAGAGGAAAUGAAUGUUUCAUUCUGGAAGAGCAUGGAAAGAGAAGAGGAAGAAAGGAACGCACAGCUUGAACUGUCCAAUAAAAUUAACGGCACUCUGACUGAGUGUCUGCAGCUCAUCGAAGGGGGUGUACUUUCUAAUGAGGUAUUUACCAUAUUGUCUAGUAUUCCUGAGGCUGAAAAAUUUGCUAAAUUCUGGAUCUGCAAAGCAAAGUUCUUGGCAAGUAAAGGCACCUUUGAUGUUAUUGGACUGUACGAAGAGGCCAUUAGAAAUGGGGCAACACCAAUACAAGAGUUGCGGGAAGUUGUUCUUAAUAUUUUGCAAGACCAGAACAGAGCCAGAGACGGAAUUACCUCUGAAUCUUUGGUUGCUGAAACUACUAUACCACCCAUAGAAGAGCUAGCCAGGGACAUGGAAACUGGAAGAAAGUCUUGUCUUUCUCCAAAAGAGAGAGAACAGGUUCCAGCAACACCCCAAAUAACCGUGGCAGAACAGGAUAGGCACCCUGGUAUCAAAUUACAGGUCGCCCCCAUCCCCAGAAUAAGUGGGAUGCCGGAAGUGCAGGACAUGAAGCUGAUCACUCCCGUACGGCGCUCAGCGAGGAUCGAGCGAGCCGUGUCCCGCUACCCGGAGAUGCUGCAGGACCAUGAUUUAGUGGUGGCUUCUCUCAGCGAGCUGUUAGAAGUGGAAGAAACAGAGUGUUUUGUAUUCCGUAAAAAUGAGGCUUUGCCUGUAACAUUAGGGUUUCAAACCCUUGAAUCAUAACUUCUUGAGCCUCCAUGAGACAAGAAAUGCCCUCGUCCAGCUGACCUGGGAGAAACUGUCGUGGACGCAGACCAGGACUUGGAAAGUAGCUUGCAAGACUCACUCUCAAAUUGUCCAUCUCACACAGGAUAACCUUGGCUUGUUUGUUUAAGGUUGUCGUUUGCCAAUUUCACAGCAUCCAGAAAUUUCACACUAUUGAACAUGAAUUUAUCCCACAAGUAUGGUAAGGACA